CGGUAAAGGAAAGAAAAAAGAAUUGUUUGGAUACCUGACACUCUUCUUUCAUCUAGUUCAGUCUGAGAUGGCGGAAGAACACGACCCUCUCCCGCUCCUUGCUAACUAGUGUAUAUAUUAAGUUCUUUGAAAUGUGAGCAUUAUGGGAAGGAUCGCAGUUGCUUUAAAUUAUAGAAGUUGGCAAGUGCCUGGGAGAAGGAGUGGGAGGUUGUUUAAACCGAGAAAGACAGUUGCAAAACUUCGGACGACAGCAUGAGCUCCAAGCUUCAAACACAUUCUUAUGCUCACACGAGCACUUUAUUUUUCACCAAGUUAUUUUUUGCAUUUUGUUUUGGAGCAGUUUUAAGUAAUAAACACUUAAUUCUGCUUGAAAAUUUUUAAUGGUUUCUAAAUUCAUGGGACGACCAAAGCAAGAGAGCCUCCCGUUUGAUAUCAGCAAUGCCCAGAAAAGAGCCAAAGAUGUUUGUCUUGCUCUAUGUCACAAGUUUUGCCAUUUGUGCAAGUGGACAACCUCGGGGUCACCAGUUGAAAGGAGAGAGCUACUCCCCGAGGUAUAUCUGUAGCAUUCCUGGCUUACCUGGACCCCCAGGGCCCCCUGGGGUGAAUGGCUCCCCUGGGCCCCAUGGUCGCAUCGGCCUUCCGGGAAGAGAUGGCAGAGACGGCCGGAAAGGAGAGAAAGGAGAAAAAGGAGCUGCAGGUUCGAGAGGUAAGACUGGACCAGUGGGGCUUGCUGGUGAGAAAGGGGACCAAGGGGAGACAGGAAAGAAAGGACCAAUGGGACCAGAGGGAGAGAAAGGAGAAGUCGGUCCCGUUGGGCUUCCAGGACCGAAGGGAGACAGAGGAGAGCAAGGGGACCCAGGGCUGCCUGGAGUGUGCAGAUGUGGGAGCAUCGUGCUCAAAUCCGCCUUUUCUGUUGGCAUCACAACCAGCUACCCAGAAGAAAGACUUCCUAUCCUAUUUAACAAGGUCCUCUUCAACGAGGGAGAGCACUACAACCCUGCCACUGGGAAGUUCAUCUGUGCUUUCCCAGGGAUAUAUUACUUUUCUUAUGAUAUCACAUUGGCUAAUAAGCACCUGGCAAUCGGGCUGGUGCACAAUGGGCAAUACCGUAUAAAGACCUUCGAUGCCAACACAGGGAAUCAUGAUGUAGCUUCGGGGUCCACAGUCAUCUAUCUGCAGCCGGAAGAUGAGGUCUGGCUGGAGAUAUUCUUCACUGACCAGAAUGGCCUCUUCUCAGACCCAGGCUGGGCAGACAGCUUGUUCUCCGGGUUUCUUCUAUAUGUUGACACGGAUUACUUAGAUUCCAUAUCAGAAGACGACGAACUGUGAUCAGGACUACUGAUCUGAAGGUUCCGAGAUUCCCAUGGCAGACUCUUUGAUUUAAUCUGGGGCUCUAGCAGGUGAGACAAGAAGAAAUGGGAUCCAAAGAUCUGAUUCCCACUCAGAUUCCAAAGCAUUGACAGGCAGUUUGAGCAGAAUCUAUCAAAACAAGAUGAGCCACCACCAAACAGUUGAAAGCACACCAAAAUGAAUUAUAUAAAACAGUAUCCCCAGAUAUGAAUUCUCUGGAAAGCAAUGUUUAUAAAAUAUUUAAACAAAUUAAAGACAAUGUUAACAGAUUUUAUAUUAAAUGCUCUGAGUGAUAAAACCAUCUGGCAAUGAUAAUGCCUCCUUAAAUAUUCAAAAAAUUUCAUUUUUGUCUGUUAUUGAAGAGAAUUAUAACAUCUCAAACACAGUCUUUGAUAAUUCUCAAAAAGCUAUAGUAAGUCAAAAACCAAAGGUAAGAGAUGCUGAGUAUUUUCAAGCAAGCUAAUGUAAAAUGAGAAAUCUCUUUUGUCUUAUUUUUUAUUCUGUCACGCUGUGUUCAACAACUCUUUAAUGAGCCCAUAAGGACCAGACACUGUGGUGCUGGGUUAGAUGUAGUGAUGAGUUAAGGCAAAAUCUCUACUUCCAUGCAGGUUACUGUGUGAUAAGGACCCUACCACAAUUUACUGAGAUGAGCACCGUAGCAAACAGGUUGAUCUGAUGCUAAAAGCACACAGGACUCCUAUAUUGGGGUUGGAGGCCACACAAGGUUUUACACAUGGAAAAAACACAAGUCAUGCUCAGGUAUGUGUGUUUAACUGGGUGGUAUGGAUGGAAAGAGAGCAAAAAAAUCAGCCUCUGCAUUCUCCCCUUUCUACUCUCAACACAUUAUUGAUAUGUCCAACUGGGAAUGGGGCAAAAAAACUAGAGAGAGAGUAGACCUGAGAGAGUUACAGAAAUAAGGACUGCAAUGGAGAGAAACAGCCAUCCUCCCAAAUGCUGUAGCAUGAUGGUUUCCCAGACAAACAUGCACCCUAGUAGUUUUCUCAUAAAUAUGAGCACUACUUUACAUGGUGGUAAGACAUCGUUUCUCAUGGAUUUCCUGGGUCUUGUAUUCAAAUAAAGCAAACCAUACGUCCACUGAUUUAUGAGAGUGCUGAUGGGGGGAAAGAACAAGGGGAGGAGGAGAGAGACCAAAUAUCUGAGUAAAUAGAUGUCCUUUCUCAGUUACACACUUCCCUUAGCCCCACUCUCUCAUCUUGUGCCUUGCUGAACUUCAGUUCCUCAGUUAAUCUCAUCCACAAUUCUGCCUCAUCUACCAAUCCCUUGGCUUGUAAUAAUAGGAUUCCCUUAGCCCUUCCCUUUGGUACCUUCCAAAUUUUCUUCCUCUAUUGGUUCAUUUGUUUACUAAAUCUCCUUAAUGCCUCUUAUGUUUGAAUCACCAUGCUGGAGUAUAUGAGGACAGAGGAAUACCAAGAGGAAUAGGGCGCUGCCCUCACCAUCAAAUUUCUAAUGGUGAAAGAAAAGAAAUGACACGCACACACACAAAAAUAUCUAUACAUCUGGGAAGAUGACAUGCUAAACGAUGAUAUGUUGAACUUGACACAGAAGCAAAAUUCUGUGCAAGAGGAAGAAAUGUUUAUUUCCAAAUUGUGAUGUUAGAAAAGAAAAGGAAAACCUCUGCCCACUCAGCCUUAAGUGAUGGGUAGGACUUAAAGUGGUCCCAGUGGGAUAAAGGGCUCUUAAGAUGAGGGUAAUUAUGGGACAAAGUAUGAAAGUGAGAAUAGACACCCAGACAAAGGUGUCUCAGCCGCAUUUUAUUUUAUACCUUCUUCUUUCCCUCUCCCUCCGUAGUUUCAUUUUCAGUAAAUGGCAUCGUUACUCACCCUGCACCAGAAGAAGAAUCAAUGGGCCAUGUUUGUAAGAGCCACAAAGGCCAGGUCGAUAGGGGACUUCACUACGGAGGAUGUGUGGAGCCCCUGUGUGUUUCAGAAUUGGGUACUGCCAUUAACAGCGGGUGUGUCAGAGGGGGGCAAUCCUUGCUUCCCCUCUUUCAGCCCUGUCUUGCUCCAGUCGUCGUCCUCUGCCUGCCAUACUUGGUCCGCCUGUUGCUCUCCUUCUGAGUCAGGAUGUGGGUCCAAGAGACCAAGAGCAGUGAGCAUUGGACCAGGAUGAGAUGCAAAGGUGGUUUGAGAUACCCACCUGCCUACAGGUAACAGCCAAAGCUGGAAUUCCAGGGUAGGGAGUAUAAACAGCAACCAACACAAGCAGAUAAUGUAGGAAAAAUAAAAAUAUGGGUCCUUUGAAAACUAUAGGAUUUGCUGGAGCUAUUAAAAAUGGAAAAGUUAUUGUAAACUGUCAUAGAGUCAUAAACUACAGCUUACUCUGAUUAAAAUUUUCUUCUGAUCAUAAUCCAUGAAUGCAUUCUUUUUUUAAUAUUGUUUACUUAUCUUUUAAAUGUUUCUUUUAUUACAAAGUCUAUUUUGAGUAACUUUUAAAACUGAAGUUUGUUUCAUUGGUUCUAUGCCUAGAGAUGAAUUUUAUUUUGAAAUAUCGGGCAGGGUGGUACUGGGGACAGGAGAGCUG